AUGUCCACCGUCGAACACUGCCUCUACUGCCUCGAGGCCCUGGCAGCCCACCUCGAAGACCGCAAGCCCAUGACCCUGGACCAAGUCCAGAUGUCGUGGGCCGAGUAUAUCAGUGCUGCCAACGACGCCGACGAUGACGCCGACGAGUUAGCUAAGCGCCUCCCCGCGCUCCGCCGUCUCGCCGCCUCUUCUUCGUCAUCCUCUACCGCCGCCAGCGCCUCAUCGUCGUCUUCGUCCAGCACCACAUCUCUCCAGCAGCAAUCAGGCGUAGCCACCCCGGCCACGUCGGUGUCGUCGACGCCCCCACCGACGAUCGCCGAAUCCCCGCUCUUCGUGACGUGGAACACGCUCUCGGGGCGGGGCGGCGAGCACAGUUUGCGCGGCUGCAUCGGCACAUUUGAGCCGCACGAGCUGGGCGAGGGUUUGUCGUCGUACGCGCUGACGUCGGCACUGCAAGACACGCGCUUUAGUCCCAUCACGCUGAGCGAACUGCCGUCGCUCGAGGUGGCUGUGACGCUGCUUACCAACUUCGAGGACGCCGCCGAUCCCAUGGACUGGGAGCUCGGCAAGCACGGUCUACGCAUCAGCUUCCUAUACCACGGCUACCGCCACGGUGCCACCUACCUCCCCAAUGUUGCCCCCGAGCAGGGAUGGACUAAGGAAGAGACCAUUUCUAGCCUCAUGCGCAAGGCCGGCUGGACGGGUCGCCGCGACCGCUGGCGCGACGUCAACCUCAAGGUUGUCCGCUACCAGGGCAGGGAGGAGAGCCUCGAGUACGAAGAGUACAAGCGCUGGAGGGACUGGGUUGUGGCGAGGCAGGAGGAUAAGUGA